UAUUAUAGAGGUGGUCAAAGUUAUACUGGCUAUAAGGAAUACUCGGCAGUCCACGUUGCCACACCACCUCCUGUGAAAAGCAUCCAAGGUCUGAAUUCAAGGCGCAAAAUGAUGGCCCCAAGUCCCGCUGUCCUGCGAUCGCCCAAGCUUUGCCGAUGCGGCCCAAAGAGUUGGGCGCAGUUGCCCGGAUUCCCACAGCUGAGACCAGUUGCCCUGGUCUCGAGGGCCCCUGCCCAGAGGGCGGCGACGGUGACCCUGGAGCCCGUAGGCCGCUGCAGCUGGGACGAGCCAGUGCACAUCACCGUGCGCGGACUGGUUCCUCGGCAGCCGGUCACGCUGCGCGCCUCCCUGCGCGACGAGAAAGGCGAGCUCUUCCGGGCGCGCGCGCACUACCGCGCGGACGGCACCGGUGAGCUAGACUUGGCGCGCGCGCCCGCGCUGGACGGCAGCUUUACGGGACUUGAACCCAUGGGGCUCUUCUGGGCCCUGGAACCUGAAAAGCCCUUCCUUCGGCUGGUGAAGCGGAACGUGCAGACGCCCUUCGUCGUGGAGUUAGAGGUGCUGGACGGCCACGACCCCGAGCCCGAGCGGUUGCUGGCGCGAGCGGUGCACGAGCGUUACUUCCUGCGACCCGGGAUGUUGAGGGAGCCGGUGCGCGAGGGCAGGGUGCGCGCCACGCUCUUCUUGCCGCCAGGAACUGGGACCUUUCCUGGUAUUGUGGACAUUUCCGGAAUGGGAGGUGGCCUUUUGGAGUAUCGAGCUAGUCUGCUGGCUGGAAAGGGUUUUGCUGUGAUGGCUCUGGCUUAUUAUGACUAUGAAGACCUCCCCAAGCACAUGGAGACCCUUCACAUGGAGUAUUUUGAAGAAGCCGUGAACUACCUGCUCAAUCACCCUAAGGUAAAAGGUCCAGGUGUUGGGUUGCUUGGAAUUUCCAAAGGGAGCGAAAUCUGCCUCUCCAUGGCCUCAUUCUUGAAGGGCAUCACCGCUGCUGUCAUAAUCAGUGGUUCUGUGGUCCCUCUUGGGGUAGCUGUACAGUACAAGGGUGAGACUCUGCCCCCUGUGAGCCUCAACAUAAAUCAAAUCAAAGUGACUGAAGAUGGACUUGUAGACAUUUUGGAUAUGUUCAACAUCCCUUUGAAAGCAACUGACCAGAAGAGCAUCAUUCCUGUGGAAAGGGCCAAGAGCACCUUCCUGUUCAUUGUUGGUCAGGAUGACCGCACCUCUAAGAGUGAGUUCUUUGCCAAUGAGGCCUCUAAACGCUUACAGGACCAUGGUAAGGAAAAGCCCCAGAUCAUUUGUUACCCGGGGACGGGACACUAUAUUGAUCCCCCUUACUUCCCCAUGAGGUGGGCCUCCGUGUACCCCUACGUGAGCAGUCCUAUUAUCUGUGGAGGGGAGCCCAGAGCUCAUGCCAUGGCUCAGGUGGAUGCCUGGAAGCAACUUCAGACUUUCUUCCACAAACACUUAAGUGGUAAAGAGGGGACAAUCCCAGCAAAACUGUAAUCUUUUAUUUGGUUGUGUCAUCUCCGACGCUAAUAUAUCCUGGAACAGGUGCCAUAAUUAGUUUGUGUCUCUAUUUUUUUCUUUGUAAUAACUAAAGAUUUUUUCUUCCCUCUCUGUUAAAAUGAACUUACCAAUAAGAAUGAUUUUUCAAGAUUUUUAUAAACUACAUAUCUUUUUAGUUGUUUGGGAGGGGAGUGAUUCUGCAGAAAAUGAGAGGUAGAAAACACAUACUCUUUACUGUCUCGUAACACAACUGACAAAGUUUUAACACUGCAAGGAAAAGUAACACUGAUUAAUAGUGCCUGGUACAUAACUGGUGCUCAAUAAUUAUAUGUUGAAUGACUGAUUAAUAAAGUAAUGAUUACCUACUGUGGAAAAAAAAGCAUAUAAUAUCAAAAAUAUUAUAAUAUCAGAUUUGAAUUUCUCCUUUAAGAGUGGAAGUUAGUAUCUUAGCGAUAAAUUGAUUAUUGUUAGAUGUGAAAGUACUAAAACAUUUCAAAGCAACUACAUUGUUAGUUUUUUGAUAUCUUCUUGGAUUAAUAAGGAAUUUCCUAGAACAAACAAAUUUUAAUUUACUUUCCUGUUUACAUAUAUGGACUCUGAUGAUUUAGUAGUUUCAAAAGCUGGUGAAACAUUAUUUAAAUGAAUUACAUAAGCAAG